CAAGCGCUGAGUUGCUCAUCGUGUCUGGAAACUUGUAUUGCAUGAAACAUGAAGACUCAAACUAUCAUUGCCACUGUCCUUUGUCUUGCACACUCGCAGUCUGUGCUGGCGGCCACAGAUCAACUCGUCCUCGAGGAUGCGACCGUGGGCUUCAAAACUCCUAAGCAUGUCGCAGUAGUAGGUGCCGGAAGCGCAGGCUCUUCAACAGCAUACUUCCUGCGAAAAUACAGCCAGGAGCGAGGCAUUUCUCUCAACAUCACAGUCUACGAGCGUGACGGCCAUAUUGGCGGCCGUUCAACUACAGUCGGCGUAUAUGGAGACGAACAGAAUCCAGUCGAGCUUGGUGCAUCCAUAUUUGUUGAGGUCAACCACAACCUCGUUGAUGCUGCCAAAGAGUUCAACUUGUCGACAUCUGGAAUCCGCGAGCUCCGUUCUAAAGGACCCGUGCUUGGUGUAUGGAAUGGCAGAGACUUUGUUUACAUACAGUCCGCUGGCGGAAGCUGGUGGGACACUGCAAAGCUAUUUUGGAAGUACGGUCUUGCGCCCCUCAAGACUGUAAAUUUGAUGAAAGCCACAGUAGGGAAGUUCUUGAAGAUGUAUGAAGAGCCAUACUUUCCCUGGAAGUCACUUUCGCAGGUGGCCUACGACCUUGGUCUAACGGCUGCUACUGCUUCCACCGGAGAGCAAUUUCUUGAGCAGAACGGGAUCGGCAAGCUGUUUGCUCAAGAUAUCGUGCAGGCAAGCACACGAGUUAACUAUGCACAAAAUCUGCCCUUACUACAUGGGUUAGAAGCAAUGGUCUGCAUGGCGACUGAUGGAGCACAAGCAAUCGACGGAGGUAAUUGGCAGAUAUUCUCAAAUAUGCUCUCAGCAGCUCAAGCAACUGUCCACCUUAACAGGACGGUUAGUAGGCUGGCCAAGCUCAACAACAACAAGUACUCCAUCUCGACGAAGAAGCAAGGAUCAAAAACAGAAGCACUCGAUCAACAGAUAUUUGACGAGGUGGUUCUGGCAGGACCAUUGCAAUAUUCGGACAUCGACUUUGAUCCGAAACCUCGUCAUCUGCCGGAUUCAAUUCCUUAUGUACAACUACACGUCACACUCUUCACUUCAAAGCACGCACUCUCGCCCAGGGCUUUCAACUUGUCAUCGGAGAAACUGGUGCCACAGGUCGUCCUUACCACGCUGCCCCCAGGCGAGCAUCAUGGCAGCAGCCCAGAAGGGGUAGGUCUGCCUGGCUUCUUUAGCAUAUCGCUUCUACGACCUAGUAUGGACACGCGCGAAGGCAGAGGCGAGCUUGAAUAUCUCUACAAAGUGUUCUCCCCAGCUCCGCUCAAUGACACGUUCCUGGCCAACAUACUGGGGCUAGCUGAAAAGGCGACGAUCGACAAAGAGGAUAUCAGCUGGCAAUACCGCAAAGUGUGGAACAGCUACCCAUACGAGUACCCGCGAGUGACAUUCGAAGAACUUCAGCUGGACGAAGGACUUUGGUAUACAGCAGGCAUUGAGAGCUUCAUAAGUACGAUGGAAACGAGCAGUUUGAUGGGCAAGAAUAUUGCCCGGUUGAUGGUAGAUGGUUGGGAAAGUUGACCAGAUUUAGCAGUCUAGAAUCAAAUGCACACCAGUCCGACACAGUCAAGAGACCAGAAGCAUUCUCCAGUAUCAGAUUGGUCAGCUGAAAUGCAUGAUGGAAACGUUGUGGUGAGAAGUGCAAUUGUCGGGUAGAGAGGAGGGCAAGGAGGGGUCAAAGCGGCGGGGCAAGUCGGCGAUCGGAGGGCACAGCCGAAUGUUUGUUUGCUCUGUUUGGAAGUUGGUCCAUAGACAAUAAUCGCAGACGUCGAUUUGCGGC